AUGGCCGAUGCAGACCCCGACGGACGACAUAUUGAAUUCUUACUCAAAGUUCUUUUUGCUCGUUAUUUUCGUUAUUUAAUCGAAGAACACCGUUUAUAUUUGGCCGUGCCACCUCGUUACCGCUGGCAAAGCAAAAAAGAAACUAAAUAUUUUUACAGUGAUUACGAAUGGGAAAGUUAUCGCCAAGAACAUAAAAGUGCCGCAGGUCGCUUGCAACACAUUAAAGGUUUGGGGGAAAUGAACGCCUUAGAGUUUCGAGAAAAUGUGAUGUCAAUCCGGAAACGCUGUCUGCACGAAUUACUUUUUUUAAAUCCUCCUUCUAUUCGGGAAAUAAUUAGGGAAUUAGCGGGAGAAAAAAGCGACCAGAGAAAAAAAUAUUUAGAAAGCGGGGAACACAAAAACGCCCAGUUAAAAAUUAUCGAAAGUAUCGAAAGUUCUGAAGAUUUUCCUCAGGCCGCGAAAAGAGUAGACCGGAUUGAUUUUAGACAAGCCUUAUUAACUAAAUUUCUUGAAUAUGCUUAUACGGUAGUGGAAGACCGGGCCUUGCCCCAGUUGCAAGAUGGUUUAAAGCCCGUGCAAAGGAAAAUACUUUACACUCUUUAUCUUCACAAGUCAGCAGGAUUUAGAAAAUCCGCUAAGAUAGUUGGUGAUGUGGUUGGUAGUUUUCACCCCCACGGCGACCAAAGCGUUUAUCAAGCCAUGGUGAAAAUGGCUCAAGACUUUAAUUAUCGUUAUCCUUUGGUUGACCCCCAAGUUGACAACUAUGAUGAAACCGAAAAAGAACCCAAAAUUUUGCCGGCUAACUUAAACUUUUUAUUAAAUGGUGGUAAAGGCAUAGCCGUAGGAAUGACCACCGAAAUACCUCCCCAUAAUUUAGGAGAAACAGUAGAUACUACAGUUAAUCUAAUUCGUAAUCCUGAUUUAAGUAUUGAGGAAUUAUUACAAACUUUACCCGGACCCGACUUCCCUACCGGAGGAAUUAUUCUCAAUCAAAAAAAUCUCGUCAAUAUUUACAAAAGUGGUCAUGGGUCUAUUUAUGUGCGAGGCAAAGCCGAAAUUCUUGCUAACCAAAAAGAUAAGGAAAGAAAAGAUUUAAUUCGUAUUGUUAGUCUCCCGUUUAAGGUUAACAAAACUAAAUUAGUUGCUCAUAUCAACCAACUAAUUAAAGGCAAAAAAAUUGACGAAGUUAUUCUUAAUCAGUUAUACCAAUCAACCCGUUUACAAAGCUCUCUCACAGUCAAAAUGCGAGCCUUGAUUGAUGAGUAUCCCCGAGUAUUCAACUUAAAAGAAAUAUUGCAAGGAUUUAUCGAGAAAAGAUUAAUAAAUAUUCAGGAUAAAGCUCGCUUUAUUUACCGGGAAAAUGAAAAAAGUUUGGUGAAUUUACAAACUCGGCAAUUUAUUAUUGAUAAUUACCGUGCUAUUGCCGAAAUAGUAAGAAAUGCAGAUUCAGAAGAGGUCUGCGAACAAGAACUAAAAACUCAUUUUCAAAUUCCCGACGAAACCGUGAAACGAAUUUUAGACACCCAAGCCAGUUUUCGCCAAUUCACGCCGGAAAGACGCGAAAAAUUAGAAAGGGAUAUUCAGGAAAAACAAGCUGAUAACCAACAACAACAAUUAUUAAUUGAAAACGAGGAACUAAUUCCCGCCCACGAAGAAAGAAUUAUUUUACUCAGCCGUCAGGACAACAAAAAAGAAAACAAAAUAAGGAGUUAUGUGACUAUUUAUCAGCUUAAUGCGUUGGAAGCCACUAAUAUUCCGAGCCAAGGCAAAGAUUAUGGUCAUUUAUACGUGGUUAAUUUUUACAAGUUUAAUCUGGUUAAUAAGUCAAUCAAUUGGGAGGAAUAUGAUAAUAAGGAGCAACACCGAAUUAAUUGUUGUUCUCAAAAGCCUUUUCAAGAAGCCUAUUUGAAUUGUCCGGAAUUUCGAGCCUUACAAAAAGCCAUUAGAGAAUAUGAAGAAUUAAUUAUCGUUUUUAAAAAGAAAGAUAAAAAGGGGCAAGUGAGAAAUUUCCAAACUUCAGCCUAUCAAAUAAAAAGAAAUAGUUAUUAUAGUGAGGAAUUUGGCCGUAGCUUGACUAGAUAUUGCUCUUUGCAUCAGCCACUAGCCGAAGAACACCAACGUUCUUCUUGCUGUGAUAAAAACCAAGGAGUAAAGGCUUAUGCUCGGUGUCCGCAAUUUCAAUCUUUAAUGUUGAAGAUUAGAAAUUGUGCGACUUGCCAAAACCGGAACGAUGCAACCUUGUUUAGCCGAAAAAUUCGGCAACAAGUGAGAAGAUGUGAAGAAGCCUUAGACUUACUAAAAGUUCCGGCCGCAACCUCACCAGAGGACUUAACCUUCUUGCUAAUUAAACAAGAUAAUAACUACUUAGGACAAAAUAAAGAAGAACUAGGAGAAAUUAAAUCACUACUCAAAGAAACUAAAGAAAAUUUUUGCCAAGAAGUUUGUAAUUCUUCCUUGCCCCGGGAAGGAGAACAAAGCAAAAAAGAAAUUAUUCUAAAUACUUCGAUAAAUCUCACUAAGGAAUUAAGAGAAAAAAUUGCUAAUUCUCCGCAUUUUCAAGCCGAGGGAGAAAAUUAUAAAAGAUUGUUAGGCAAAAAGAGAAAAUUAGAAGAGAGAGUGCAAAGUUUUGCGAACAAAAACACUGACUGUCUUGACUGUCGAAAACAUUGUCAAGAGCACGAGAACUUAACCAACAAAUAUGAGGAAGAACACCGGAACUGCACUCAUUGCAAGUCCAAAGUCCAAGAGUUAGGGCAAGUCAAGGAAAAAAUUAAGCAAAUGGAGAAUGAGUUAUUGCAGCAAAAGGAAAAUCGACCUGAGUUCAAUGAGAAAAUUACUAAAUUGGAGAAAAAAAUUGGGCUAAAAGAAGAGAAAAUUUCGGAAUUGCAAAGAGAGAUUUCAGCCAGCCGCCUCAGUUGUCAAAUGACCCGAGAAUUAGAACAAGGGAAAAAAAAUUGUAAAAACUGUCAAGAACUAAAAAGAAAAAAACACAAAAAAAUUAUCGUUAACCCUCUCCGACAUGUUACUUUGGUUAAUAAACAAGGCAAGUCUGAAAUUUAUCUUUUAACUAAAAAAAGCAUCAUGUGGAACGGAGAAAAAAGAAAGGCUAGGAAAAUAGUUUAUCAAGCAGCCGAAUUAGUAGCAACAAAGGUUUCUUUGCCUUUUUUGACUGUUUUUGAGGGGGCGAUGGCUAAUACUAAACCCAAUGAAAGACGUGAACAUUUGGGUCUGCUCUUCAUAGUCAAAAGUGCUUGGGAAGAAAAAGAAAAAUCUUCUCUACCAUUCUUCCAAGUCUUAGCGGGGACUAUUUUUGAUGCUUACCACAAAAAGGGCAGUGCUAUUCAGAAAAAGGAAGCAAUUCACAAAAAAGGUGAAGAAAAUAAGGCUUUUGCUACUUUUUUAAAUAGAAGAAAAAAAAAACAAACUAUUGCAAGUGGCACACACUAA